AGGAGCAAAACCCGGAGGCCUCGGGCACCGCGGGCAGUGCCAGAGCCGCUGGAAUACAAACCCCGGCACCCUGCCUCGAGAGAGCCCGCGGUCCAAGCCAGCCCAAAGCAGCCGCUGCUGCCGGAGCCGCCGCCUGAGUUCAGUACACAGUCGGGGAGAAAGGCUAGUGAGGCCGGAGAACGGUUCGCGGAUUCUUCUGUUCGGGAGCUGCCAGGUUGCCCGCGCUGGCCCUGCCGCCCCAGUAGCACACAGCCGGACCUGUCCCUCGCCUCCCAGUUGCGCCAUGGAUCUUUCCGAGAAGAAGAUAUCGGUGUGGAUCUGCCAGGAGGAGAAGCUGGUGUCCGGCCUCUCCCGCCGCACCACCUGCUCGGACGUGGUGCGAGUGCUUUUGGAGGACGGCUGCAGGCGGCGCCGCAGGCAGCGGCGUAGCCAGCGACGGGGGAUCGCGGAGGACCCCUCCGGUCAGUUGGAGUUGCCAGAGCCCCCGGAUGAAAACGACGAGGACGACGACGACACGAUGCCCCAGGGCAUGCUAUGUGGACCCCCGCACUGCUAUUGCAUCGUGGAGAAGUGGCGCGGCUUUGAGCGCAUCCUGCCCAACAAGACACGAAUCUUGCGCCUCUGGACUGCCUGGGGCGACGAGCAGGAGAAUGUGCGCUUCGUGCUAGUACGCAGCGAGGCGUCGCUGCCCAACGCCGGGCCGCGCAGCGCGGAGGCGCGGGUAGUGCUCAGCCGUGAGCGCCCCUGCCCGGCCCGGGGAGCCCCGGCGCGGCCCAGCCUGGCCUUGACCCAGGAGAAGCAGCGGCGGGUGGUACGCAAGGCCUUCCGCAAGCUGGCCAAGCUCAACCGGAGGCGCCAGCAGCAGCCACCGUCGCCUUGUUCGUCCACGUCGUCGUCCACCGCCUCCUCCUGCUCGUCGCCUCCUCGGGCCCACGAGAGCGCGUCGGUGGAGCGCAUGGAGACGCUGGUGCAUCUGGUGCUGUCUCAGGACCACACUAUCCGCCAACAGGUGCAGCGGCUCCGGGAGCUGGACUGCGAGAUAGAUCGCUAUGAGGCCAAGGUGCACCUAGACCGCAUGCGGAGACACGGAGUCAACUACGUGCAGGAUACGUACCUGGUGGGGGCCGGCAUCGACUUCGACGGGCCAGCUCCUGAAGAGGAGCCCGAGGAUGCGACGCUGGCGGAGAAGGGGACGGAGGCGACGACACCCUUGGAUAGCGAGGUGCAGGCAGCCGCGCUGGAGGAGCUGUCCCGGCGCUGCGACGACUUGGUGAAGCUGCAGGAGGAGCGCUCCCAGCAGGAGGAGUUGCUGGAGCGCCUGUCCGCCGAGAUCCAGGAGGAACUGAACCAGCGGUGGAUGCAGCGGCGCAAUGAAGAACUGGCGGCAAGAGAGGAGCCUCCGGAGCCCGACGGCGGUCCAGAUGGCGAGCUGCUGUUGGAGCAGGAGCGGGUCAGGACGCAGCUCAGCACCAGCCUUUACAUCGGGCUGAGGCUCAGCACAGACCUGGAGGCCGUCAAGGCGGACUUGGAUUACAGCCAGCAGCAGAGGGACAUUAAGGAGCGCGAGCUGCAGGGCCUUCUGCAGACUUUGCGCACGUUUGAGCAGACAGUGGUGCAUGAUGGGGCUCUGAGUUCCGGUGGGCCCCCUCGGGAACCUCAGCCCCAGACCUGUGCAGAAAUGUGGGUAGACCAGGCCCGGGGACUAGCUAAGAGCUGUUCCGGCAACGACGAGGACUCAGAUACGGGGCUGAGCUCCAUGCAUAGCCAAGACUCCGACUCGGUACCUCCCGUGGGCGAAUCCCUCGUGUAGAAAAGUAGUAGGGAGUGAGCCUAGACACUUACAGCAUGCACUGGCCCAGCCUGCUCAGGGACACGAAUUGAGGCCGUGGGGGUGAGCUGUGAGCUCAGAGUUCCCACGGACGGGUCUGGAGAAUGGAGAGGACGCCUGCCAGGCAGUGUGCUCCUCUGAUUCAGGGUGAGUGUGGGGGAGGGUCGUGGACAAGGAAGCUCUAAACUUCCUAUGCUUUAGAGGGAAAAGGAGUCAGGAGGUGAGAAC